UGCACCACUAUUUCAGGAGCCUCCCGUGGGGAGAGAGGGUGUCUGCGUAGGACCAUCUCAACACAGGACUCCAGCUCCAUGGCCUCCCGAGUGCUCCUCCCCGGCAUUCUCCUCCUGCUUCUGCCCGCACCCGCCCCUGCCCCCUGCUACACGGCCGCACGCUCUGAGUGCCGGCGCAACCUCAAGUUCGUGCCCGGCUCCUGGCUGGCAGGGGAGGGCGUGGAUGUGACCAGCCUCCGGCGCUCAGGCUCCUUCCCGGUGGACACACAGCACUUCCUUCGGCCCGACGGCACCUGUACCCUCUGCCGCAACGCCCUGCAGCAGGGCGCCCUCCAGCGCCUGCCCCUGGCGCUCACCGACUGGCGCGCCCAGGGCUCGGGCUGCAACCGCAAAGUGGUCAAGGAUGAGGGUCGCUCCACCGAGGAGGUGGCUGGGGAGGCGGCCAACAGCAUCCGUAACGACUGGCAGGUGGGGCUGGACGUGACUCCCAAGCCCAGCAGCAACGUGCGCGUGACCGUGGCGGGCUCCCACUCCCAGGCAGCCAACUUCGCGGCCCAGAAGACUCACCAGGACCAGUACCGCUUCAGCCUGGACUCAGUGGAGUGUCGCUUCUACAGUUUCCACCUGGUGCACACUCCCCCACUGCACCCUGAGUUCAAGAGGGCCCUCAAGACCCUGCCCCCCCACUUCAACAUCUCCACCGAGCCCGACUACCGGAGGCUCAUCUCCAGCUACGGCACCCACUUCAUCCGGUCCAUGGAGCUGGGCGGCCGCGUCUCAGCCCUCACCGCCCUGCGCACCUGCGAGCUGGCCCUGGAAGGGCUCACGGCCCAGGAGGUUGAGGACUGCCUGGCCGUCGAGGCCGAGGUCAGCAUAAGAAGCCACGCCAGUGCCUCGUCGGCAUUCAAGGAGUGUGAGGAGAAGAAGAAACAGCACAAGAUGGGGACCUCCUUCCACCAGGCCUACCGGGAACGCUGUUCUGAGGUCGUUGGCGGCCACCACACGUCCGUGCAUGACCUGCUGUUCGGGAACCAGGCUGGGCCCGAGCAGUUCUCAGCCUGGGUGGCCUCGUUGCAGGACAGCCCCGGCCUGGUGGACUACACGCUAGAGCCGCUCCACUUGCUCCUGGACAGCCGGGACCCGCGGCGGGAGGCGCUCAGGCAGGCUGUGAGCAAGUACGUGACGGACAGGGCACGCUGGAGGGACUGCAGCCGCCCAUGCCCCCCGGGGCGGCGCAAGAACCCUAAGGACCCGUGCCAGUGCCUGUGCCAUGGCUCGGCGGCCACCAACCAGGACUGCUGUCCCCGGAAGAGGGGCCUGGCCCACCUGGAGGUCAUGAACUUCCUGGCGACGGGUCUGUGGGGAGACUGGACCACUGCCACGGACGCCUACCUGAAGGUCUUCUUCGGCGGCCGGGAGCUGAGGACCGACACAGUGCAGAACAAUAACCACCCCAGGUGGAUGACACAGCUGGACUUCGGGGAUGUGGUCCUGACCACAGGGGGCCCCCUGAGGGUGCAGGUCUGGGAUGCAGACUCUGGCUGGGACGAUGACCUUCUCGGUACCUGUGACCAGACUCCAAAGUCUGGCUCACACGAGGUGAAGUGCCACCUGAAGCACGGUCACCUGAGAUUCUCCUACCAUGCUAAGUGCUUACCUCACCUGACGGGGGGGACGUGCCUGGAGUACGCCCCCCAAGGGCUUCUGGGGGAUCCUCCAGGAAACCGGAGUGGGCCAGUGUGGUGAGAGCAGUGGGCCCUGAGAGGACCAGUGUGCCGAAUUGGAGGGGUCUCACGAAGGGACCCAGAGGGCCUAUCUCCAUAUCCCCAUUAGACAGUUGGAAAACUGAGGCUU